UCUGGAGUCAAGGUCGUCGCCCCCCCGGGGUCCAGGGCGAGUGGUUUCAGCUAAACAAAACAGUUCUCUCCUUCGUAUAAGCAGACACUGAGAUCCCUUUCUGCUGACCUUGCCCGCCCUCUGCUGAUCAAGUGGCAGCUUCCAGUUGACUGAGAGGCAGUGGGCGGGUGGACCGGGUGGGGAGACCAGGCUGCAGCGACUCUCCUGCUCGCUGCGUGGACCAGGAGUGCGUCGUGCGACCUGCCUGGGCUCAGUGAUGGGGCUACACAGGAGCAAGGAUCCCCUGACAGUGUGGACGAGGAAUUCCUUUUGUUUUUUAGCACCCCACAGAGAUGGCUGGGGGAAAAUAAGGUGGAAAAAGAAGGGAUGAUGAUAAGGAUUGAGGGUACAGUUAUUGAAUGAAUUUGCAGGCAACGGCACUGUUCGGUCCUGAUCGUUGUUUGGGAACUCUGGGAUUCCCAGAGUUCCUUCCAGCUCUAAGAUCCCAAGGAAGCCUCUGUGAGGAGAUUAAAGCAGGGAGAGCCUCAGACGCCAGGCCUGCUUCCGUGCUCCGGUCACUCAAUCACUCCUCAGUCAGCGCGUACUGAGCUCAGUGCUGGCCUCCAAAUCCUUCUCAGAGAGGCAGGCUGUGAGUCAGAGAGGGCCCCCGAGAUGCAGCAGUCUGGUUACCGUUUGACCGGGCAGCACAACAGAGUCUGGGGGUUUUCUGGCCUACUGGUCAUCUGUAGCCUGAUUGUCUGGAGAGUCACAGUGAAUUUACUAAGUCUGAACCCUAAUCCACGGUUACCAGUAAGUCCAGCAAAAUGACCUUCCCCUGGACAGGCAGAUGGCCCUUGGGGAGGCCUCCUAGAUAAUAUUCUGGGAGGGCUUCGAAGGGCCAAGCUCAGGUCUUUUUGCCUUAUUUCCCAGUUUUGGAUAAUUUUUCUUUAUCACAAAGUGAACUGUGGUUUGAAGGAAUAGAGAAGUUUCCCCACCUCCAGGACCAGCCAAGCUUGAACUGACAGGUGACCCUCACUUGUUUAUAGAUCAGGGUGCAGCCAGCAUCACCUGCAGGGUGGCUGUUAAAGAAGAAACAGCAGGUCCUCAGGGGGCACAGAAACAUGGCAUUUGCAUAAUGUCUUACUGGACCCAUGCUGCUGUGUCCUUCAGCGGUUUGCAAGCUAUGCUGGAGGGGGUGCCCACCUGCCCUACUUCCCCCAUCAACAGCUUCUAGGUGAAUUCUUGAAUCUAUCAAAAUGGAAUAAAAAUUCAGUCCAGACGGAUCCAUUCUAUAGCUCAUUGGAACUAGCAAAUUCCAGACAAGUGUUUGCUGGUGGUGACACAUCUCACAGUGACCGACUCAGGCAAGUCCCUGGCCGGGGAAGAGGUGCGGGGGAGAAGUGAGCUGGCCUGGAGUGCUUGUGUGAGCCAGGCACCUGCCUUCAGUGCUUCCUGAGGAAGGCGAGUCUCAUGGUGUGCUGGGAAUGUGCAUGGUGUGUGUACAGAUGCACACGUGUGUGUUUGGAAGCACAAAAAGAGAUUUCCUGCCAAUUAACUUUAAAAAAUGACUCCAGCCUGCAAACGCAUUUUGCUGGGAAAUCUUUGAGUGUCUUCAGAUGCUCCAGUUCGUAAAUUUAACCUCUAUAGGGUGUUGGGCGCCUGAUGUAAAGUGCAUCUGAUGUGAAUUAGAUCGAGGCAAAGGAGGAGGAGACCACAGCGCUCUCCUUGCCCUCUGCGUGUCGGACACAACCACCAGCUUCUGUCUUUUGACUGCUGAUCAGGCAAGCUGGGCCUGGCGACUCCUGGCUGUGCAAAUGAAGUUCCGGAGAUGGAGUGCGGCCGCUCUGAAAUCGAGGAGCUGAUCAAGGAGCCCUCUGUGGACGAGUACAUGGGGAUGGUCAAAAGGAGCCCCUCCCCGCCGGAGGCCUGCAGGAGUCAGCUCCUCCCAGACUGGUGGAUGCAGCAGCCCAGCGCAGGCUUGCCACUGGUGACGGGGUACACGGCCUACGACGCGCACCAUGCAGCCUUCUCCCAGAUGGUCAUCAGCUUCUACUACGGGGGCAAGCUGGUGGGCCAGACCACCACCACCUGCCCUGAGGGCUGCCGCCUGUCGCUGAGCCAGCCGGGCCCGCCUGGUGCCAAGCUCUACGGGCCCGAGGGCCUGGAGCUGGUGCGCUUCCCGCCGGCCGAUGCCAUCCCCAGCGAGCGGCAGAGGCAGGUGACCCGGAAGCUGUUCGGGCACCUGGAGCGUGGCGUGCUGCUGCAGAGCAGCCGGCAGGGCGUGCUCGUCAAGAGGCUGUGCCAGGGCCGCGUGUUCUGCAGCGGCAACGCCGUGCUGUGUAAGGACAGACCCAACAAGCUGGAGCGCGACGAGGUGGUCAAGGUCUUCGACACCAGCCAGUUCUUCAGAGAGCUGCAGCAGUUUUACAACCACCAGAGCCGGCUUCCCGACAGCAGGGUGGUGCUGUGCUUUGGAGAAGAGUUUCCGGACAUGACCCCCUUGCGCUCCAAGCUCAUUCUCGUGCAGAUUGAGCAGCUCUACGUCCGGCAGCUGGUGGAAGAAGCCGGGAAGAGCUGUGGUGCCGCCUCCGUGCUGCAGGCUCCCGAGGAGCCCCAGCCAGACCAGGUCUUCCGAAUGUUUCCAGAUAUUUGUGCCUCACACCAGAGACCCUUUUUCAGAGAAAACCAGCAGAUCACAGUUUAAGUCCCUCUCUGGGGCACUCUCCCCCCGCCUAGGUCCUGCAUUUCGUUAUUACAAUUACUGUCGUAAUUAUUUAAGGGUAUGGACCCCUCUGACCUGGGGUGGACGCUGUCCUCUGCUCUUAAUUUAGUAAGGGCGUUCUCUGAGGACGCGGCGCUGAAAGCCCGGUGGUGUCCCAGUUCUGGUGCUGAGAUACAAAUGCCGAAGCACACCCUGAGCUGGUCUGGGUGCUGUGACUACAACCUGUGAUUAAAACAUUUAUUUCAGGAAUUUUUUCCCAAUUGCCAUUAGUUGCUAGAUUCUUUCAGCGUUUUGGGUUAAUUGAUAUUUCCAAAGGCCUGGCAUUCAGUUUUACUAGCAAGUAGCUGCUUCCGGUCAAGAGCUCUGGAGUGUAAGAUCCACUUGUCAGAACCAGGCUGCCUUUUGUCUUUAUUUUUUGUUAGAGCUGUAGGUUCACGGUUUCAUAUGCUUGCUUCAUUGUGAACUACCUUUUCAAUUUAAGCAUGUUAAUAAGAUUGAAAAAUGUUUAGAUACCAGCCUCCUUUCAAUAAGUGAAAGCAAAGCUCGUGGCUGAUCAGAAGAAUAUGUGUUCUUCCUAGAAUUUGGUGCCAGGAAAGUGGUUCUAUCAGCAGGUGAACUGCUGUGUUGUCACCUUCAGACAGUGAAAAUCUUCCCUUUGGGCCUUCGUUGCCAGGAAGCUUAGGGCUAAAUUUAUUUUUCAUUUCUGUAAUUAAAUCAUCCCAGAUACUGUUCUCUAUUCUUCUUUCUAAAUGGCUUUGACCUGUUUAAAAAAUAUCUGUACUUUCAAUUGUCCUUUUGUAAACGGCUCUGAAUCAAUUCUUUUUUCCUUUUACAAAGUGGGCAGAAUAGAAAUCACAAGUUCAAAAGCAGCUGAGGAUUGAAUAAGCAUUCUGAUUGUGCGUUAGGUUCAGGCUUAGAUUCCUCAGGCUGUUCAUCAGCCGGCAGUGUUGAGCGUGUGGCCUGGCUGGACUGGGCUGGGGUUGUGGAUGGGAUGGGACAGCUUCUCAUCGCUGCCCUGGCCGUGGGGUGGGCCUUGCAGGGGGAGUGCCUCUCCCCAACCCUGGUCCUCCUCAAGGUCCAAGGUCCCCACUCCUCACCAAAUCCACUCUUCAGUUGAGUCACAUAGGGGAUUCCAAAGGAGAAGGCCCACGGUUAGCCCUGGAAGAAUUACUGCCCAAACCUGUCCAAAUGUUUGCCUUAAAUCACGGUGCUCAUCAGAAGCUAAGGCUGAAGACUGGGAGCAAUGGCUGGGCUGGGGGGUGACCCUCCAUGUGGGGCACUGUGUCUUCACGCCACCUUAAAGGCCCUUCUGUGAUUAAAAUGCACCUGAACAUUUUUUCUAAACAAAGUGUUUUCCUAGAUGGGGUGCCUCUUACCCACCUGGGCAUUCUGCACACUGCAUGGCUGCCCCCAGUCUGUGUCAGGUCUGCAGGCGCCCCCUUCACGCCGGUGCGGCUUGUUGACAGACCUGACUGAGUCAGGCACAUGCCCGGGGGUGGGGUGUCAGGGGUGGGGGUGGUCUGUUUGCCUCCCUUCCGCUCUCCCUGGGAAGAUAACCCAGUCUGGGUCACCACCAUCCCUGACUCAGAAUAUCAAACAGCAGGAAGGAGCCUCAUCUGUCAACCUCAUUUUGGAAGUGGCAGAAGUCAGGGUGGUGAGUCUCUGAUUUACAGUGGAAAAGCCAAAGAGUGCCUGCUCACUUUCCCAUGGCUCCUUCCGUGAAGGCGAUGUAGGCACCGCGUGCAGCAGGGCUUAAUGAUCCCAGGCCCUUCAGGUGUGCCUGAGUUCACAUGAGAAUAUAGGAAAACUCCAGUAAAGGUGUUUUUUUUCUCUUUGGCCAACAGAAGCCAGCAUUACAUUUCUGAGGAUACCAGACCUGUUUUCUGAAAUGUCAGAUAACAAUAGGCUUUACUCUCUGCUCAAAUGAAUGUUAAAGCACACAUCUUUAAUAAUGCCGAAUGAAUAUUUAUUUUUGUAUCCUUUAAAAAGUAUAUUGAUCUCUUUAAUUCUUUAUGAAAAUAAAGUGCCCUUUUUUAAAGCUGA